CUCUAGAAAUUGUGGUUAAUUCGCGCAAUUCGAAACAAGGUUUUCUAUAUAUUUAUAUAUUAUUUUAAAAUAAGGUAUAUAUAUGUGCGCGUGUAUCCACUUUUUUCUCCACAUUCACUCCAAUUAACACACACUAUAUAAUAUAUAUAUACGUACAUAUAUAUUUCUUUUGGCGAAGCCUAUCGAAACAAAAUAAUGGGUUCGACGAAACAUUUCUUUUGGAUUGCUACUCUUUUGCUUGCGCUUGUUUUUCUCACUAUCUCUUCAGAUGUAGUUGCAGCUAAUAAAGACCUUGCUGAAACUUCCACUCAGAAAAAUAAUAAUAAAGUUGUAGAUGGUAGUACUAAUGAAAAGGGAGUGGUGCAUGGUAAAUAUGGAGGAUUUAUUCCUGGUGGUACUGGUGCCGGCUAUCCUGGCGGUGGCGGUGGCGGUGGUGGUGUCCGUGGAUAUCCCGGUGGCGGCGGUGUCCAUGGCGGUGGCUAUCCCGGUGGUGGCGGUGGCUUUCCCGGUGGUGGCGGUGGCUUUCCCGGUGGAGGCGGUGGCUAUCCCGGUGGAGGCGGUGGCUAUCCUGGUGGUGGUGGAGGUGGUGGGUAUCCUGGUGGCGGUGGUGGUGGUGGUGGAAGUGGCAGCCCUGACGGUCGUCGUUGCUACUAUGGUUGCUGUAGGACCAAUGACGACGGAACAGGCUGCGCCAGGUGCUGCUCAAGCUCAUGAUGUUUGAUCAUCAAAAACUUAAGCUCAAACCUAGACACUAAAUUUACAUAUAUGUAUUACACUUAAUUAUAAAUAAGUAUAAAUAGUAAAACUUGACCUACAUAUAUAUACGUACGUAUUUGUAUUAAUAAAUAUGAGCAUAUAUAUAACUUUGCGAAAAAAUAAAAUAUGAGCAUAUAAACGUGCAUGCGCAUGAGAUGAUCAUGUUUGUAUGCAUAUAAUCGUGCUUUUACAAGGAUUUUUUUUUGAAA